AUGAGCACCACGAUCACGGAGCUCGCACCGAGCAAAUCGAACAUUGGCGUCUUCACGAACCCAGCGCAUGAGCUCUGGGUCGCCGAAACCACACCAAAACUGUCCGAGGUGCAGGCUGGGUCGGACCUCAAAGAGGGCGAAGUGUACGUGGCGGUCAAGUCGACGGGCAUAUGCGGUUCGGACGUCCACUUCUGGCACGCAGGCUGUAUCGGGCCGAUGGUGGUCACAGGCGACCACGUGCUGGGCCACGAGUCGGCGGGCAUCAUCCUGUCGGUGCACCCGUCGGUGACGAGCCUCAAGCCUGGCGACCGCGUGGCUAUCGAGCCCAACAUCCCGUGCUUCAAGUGCGAGCCCUGCCUUACCGGGCGUUACAACGGAUGCGAGAGCGUCGAGUUCCUCAGCACGCCGCCCAUCGACGGGCUCCUGCGGAGGUACGUCAAGCACCCGGCCACGUGGUGCCAUAAGAUCGGGGACAUGAGCUACGAGAACGGCAGCCUGCUGGAGCCCCUGUCGGUCGCGUUGGCAGGCAUGGACCGCGCAGGCGUGACGCUCGGUGACCCGGUGCUGAUCUGCGGUGCCGGGCCCAUUGGACUCGUCACGCUGCUGUGCUGCGAAGCCGCCGGAGCGUGUCCCAUAGUCAUCACCGACAUUGACGAGGGCCGGCUGAAGUUCGCAAAGAGCCUGGUGCCGAGGGUGUCGACGUUCCAGAUCCCCCUGGGCAAGACGGCUGAGGAGUGCGCCGACGGUAUCAUCUCCGCCAUGGGCGGCAUCCGCCCGCGCGUCGCCAUGGAGUGUACGGGCGUUGAGUCCAGCGUGGCCAGCGCCAUCUGGAGCGUCAAGUUCGGCGGCAAGGUCUUCAUCAUUGGCGUCGGCAAGAACGAGAUGAAGGUUCCCUUUAUGAGGCUGAGCACCAUGGAGAUCGACCUGCAGUACCAGUACAGGUACAGCAACACGUGGCCCAAGGCCAUCCGCCUGGUCGAGAACGGCGUCAUCAAGCUCGACAAGCUGGUCACGCAUCGCUUCAACAUGAGCGACGCCAUCCAGGCCUUCAAGACGGCGAGUGAUCCCAAGAGUGGUGCCAUCAAGGUCCAAAUCAAGAAUGAUGACAGUUUAUAG